AUGUCUAACAUUAGGAACACGGAAAAUUUUAUGAAUGAACCUCAUCUGCGGCAUGACAACGACUUGCCAAAGGAAAAUCAAAGCAUUGUGAAGGUUUUGGGCAGUGUUCAUAAUAACUUGUAUUCGGUGAUGACUCCGGAUUAUGAAGGUUACUUAGUACACGCGCCGAAAACCUCAACAAAUACAAUAUCGCUGGAGAGGGGUAGUUAUGUAGUAGUCGAAAAAAUACACGAAGGAAAUGAAGUGAAAGCAAAAGUCGUUAAAAUAUUGGAUGACAAUUUGAUUACAUUUUAUAAACAACAAAACGUUUGGCCUUCAACCUUUGAAGAAUACGAUCAGGACGACAUUGAUUUUGAUGUCGAUAGUUUUGAUAAUGAUGAAUAUUACGAUUAUAAUAUCGAAGAGCAAUAUAUUGAAAACGGCAAUGAAAAUGAUAGUAGUGAAGAAUCCAGUCUCUGGUUUGUGAACACAAACAGUCCAGAAUAUUAUUAUAGGGACGGUGAUUCAAUUGAUUAUAACAAUAAUAAUGAAGAUGAACCAAAUAAUGUAGUUAGUGAAACUGACAGCGGCGCUUGUAGCGAUUAUGAUAUUUGA